UUUGUGUUCUUUCACCAGAUGCACCGGAGUAUGUCGAUAUCCUAGACAAUAUGGAGGACUUUGUGAAAUAAAACUUAGCAAGCCUCUCUUUGACCAGCUUUCCCGGAGAGAUCUUGUGCAAAGCCUCCUCCAUGAAAUGAUACAUGCAUAUAUGUAUAAAACACAGAUUGAAGAGUCGGAAGAACAUGGACGUGCGUAUAAAACUCUUAUGAAUGCCAUAAACCACCUGCAUGGCACUAACAUAACUGUCUUCCAUACAUUUCAUCAGGAAGUAUUAAAUCUAAAAUGCCACCAGUGGCAGUGUGAUCGGUGCCAUGCCGGCAUUAAGAGGUCCAUGGAUAGACCGCUGUCAUCGCGGGAGAAAUGGUGGAUGGCUCACGCCAAAACAUAUGGCAGCACAUUACAGAAAGUGGAGCCUCCUCACCAAGGAAGAACAAGAAAACGGCCUUCGGUCUGUGAAGAUGGAGAGGAGGAUGCAGGAAGACCAGAGCCGGCCCUAACCAAUAGGAUGCCCUAGGCAAGAUUUUGGCUGGUGCCCCCUAGCACCACCGCUAGUUCCGCCUCUGACCCUGCACCCCUUUCCCAGCACCAUCAAACCUCCACCCAUAGCAGUCCUUUUUUUUUUCCCUACCCCCUGUAAUUUAAAUAAGAACAGUGUGCACAUUCGGCGCACAGCCCAAAAAGGUAUGUGUUUUUGCUGGCAAGAGGCAUGACCACACAAUAGUACCCCCAAUUCAAAUUAUGCCUCACAGUAGUGCAACUUUAUUCACAAUUUAUCAUACGAUAGUGUCCAUUAUUCACAUUACAUCACACAGUAGUACCAAUUUACCUUAUAUACGUUACUUCUCACAGUAAUGCCCCUCAUUCACAUAACAUCAUACUGAAUUAUUCACAUUACACACCAUAUUGCUUUUUAUUCUCAUUACACUACACCAUAUUGCUCCUUAUUUACUUUACACCACACCAUAUUGCUCUUUAUUCACAUUAGACCCCACAGUAGUGCCCUUUCUAUACGUUACGCCACACAGUAGAGCACCUUAUACACAUAAUGCCACACAUUGGUAAUGCAUUUAUACACAUAAUACCACACAGUAAUGCCCCUUACACAUAUGACACACAUUAUUAAUGUCCUUAUAAACAUAAAGUGCCUUACACAUUAUGCCAACCCUUAUUAAUGCCCUUAUAAACAUAAUAUACCUUACACAUAAGCCGCACAUUGUUAAUGCCCUUAUACACAUGACACACAUAAUGUCCCUUACACAUAUGCCACACAUUAUUAGUGCCCUUAAACACAUAAUGACACACAUAGUGCCCCUUACACAUAUGUUACACAUUAUUAAUGCCCUUAUACAAAUAAUGACACAUAUAGUUCCUGCCGUGAGUCAACUGGCAGCUCUGCUAACGUCGGGUGCCUAUUUUUUAAGAAAAUGCAUCUUAUUUGCAUUGCUAUGUGGCUAGGAUGCACAAGCAGCUUCUGCUGAUUAAAAUGAUAUGCGGCAUGCCUAUAUACUGUGUGAGACUGUGGCUGUAUCUGCAUACGAAAUGCUACACAGAGAAUAUAGGCAUGCUGCAUAUCAUUUUAAUCAGCAGAAGCUGCUUGUGCCCCUAGGCAUACCAGAUGCCAUAGGCAAUUGCCUAGUUUGCCUAUGCCUAAGGCCGGCUCUGAGGAAGACCAUCUAAAAUAUCCAGGACAGCUAAUAUAUAAUCUCCUCCACCAUCAGAGGAGAAGAUCCUGAGCUGUGGCAUAUGGCAGACUCCCUCCUGAGAGAAAACAUCGAUGUGUAUCAUUGAACUCCUCUACCUGGUCUGUGAGUUACAUGGGGAUUAAGGCUACUGGCGACACCCCAAAAAAAAACAAAAAAAAACGACACCGGGCAGCCACCUCAUGGGUGUGUUGGAAGAGCUGCUCAUUAUUUUUAAAAUGUUCACAGUUAUAUCCAACUCAUUCAUUACUUAAGAACUUGAAAAUGUAAACCCGGGGACUCAGCUAGUACUGUAUAUUUGCUGCAUCACUGCCAUACUCUUCUUGGAUGUUUUAUACUAUGUGCAUUGGUGGUUAUUAUAAUGUAUUAUUUCU